GCGAUCAUAUGAGUCCCUCUUCCUUAACGUGCCAUCAUCCCUCCAGUCUGCUCGGCCUGAGAAUUUUGAUCGCCUCCGUGGAACCACCGAUUUCUCCGUUCUCUCGCCGGAUCCGGCCAGAUUCUAUGCUGCAUUGUUCAAUCGGCCUACUGCCCUACACCAUAAUUUCAGUGCGAGAUGUCGAUCCACGGACCACCUAGUGAAUCAUGGGACUGCAUGCUCCCGGGCCCACCAUCCCGCAGCAACGGCGGAGCAGCAGACCUGUCCACCACCGGCCUCCUCGCCUACGCAGCCGGCAGCUCAAUCUCCGUGGUCGAAACCCACUCCAUGCAGCUCAUCACCACCAUUCCUCUGUUCUCCUCCGCACCCUCCCCUGCUCUCGCUUCCUUCAUCACCGCCUUGCGGUGGUCCCCGCUCGGUCUUCCUCGGCAUCUGAUCUCCUCCGACACCACGAGCCACCACCUCACCAUAGCCGUUGGCGACCGCCAGGGACGGAUUUGUAUCCUCGAUUUUAGGUCUAAAUCGCCUCUUAUUUCAUUCGAAAUCAGCUCUACCCAAAACCUAGGGAUUCAGGACCUUUGCUGGGUCCAAACAGAACCCGAAUCGUGGAUUCUCGCUGCCAUAGCCGGACCUUCUCUCCUCUGUUUGUUCAACACUUGCACGGGCCGUUGCUUCUUCAAAUACUAUUCUUCCCCGGAGUACUUAUCCUGUCUUCGCCGCGAUCCCUUUGACUCUAGGCGUUUCUGUGCUAUUGGGCUUAAAGGUUUCUUGCUUUCUGUUAAAGCCCUUGGAGAUUCCCAUGAUGACAUUGCACUCAAAGAGUUGCAAAUCCGCACAGAUGCUUCAGAAUUGCAGAAACUAGAGAGGGAUUUAACUACUGGUUCCACGGGUGCUCCGGCAUUGGCGACAUUCCCAAAGUAUGUUGUGCGAUUUUCAUUUUCACCUCACUGGAAGCAUAUCCUCUUUGUGGCGUUUCCGAGGGAGCUGGUUGUGUUUGAUUUGCUUUAUGAAACGGAGCUAUACUCUACUGGGCUGCCAAGGGGUUGUGGCAAGUUACUGGAAGUGUUACCUGAUACCAAUAUUGAGGUUCUUUACUGUGUUCAUCUUGAUGGGAAGCUCAGUACUUGGCAGAGAAAGGAAGGAGAACAAGUAUAUGUGAUGGGUACUAUGGAAGAACUGAUACCCUCAAUUGGCACAUCUGUCCCGUCUCCCUCAGUUCUUGCAGUUGUUAUCUCUCACUCAUAUUCUACUCUUCAGAGUAUCAGCAAGCUAUAUUCAGAUGGACAUCAUUCACCUUAUCUUGAACCUGAUAAUCCUUUUGACUAUUUUGAUGAAUCUCCUGUAAUUUCAAAAAUACCUUUAGUCUCAUUAUCUGAUGAUGGGAAAGUAUGGAAAUGGCUCCUAACUGCUGAAGGAUUUGGAAAUGGAGAAAAGAAUGCGAACAAAUUCAACAUUGCAGUAGAUGUAUGUAAAGCACAGGGUAAUCUUCAGUUGGCUUUUCUGCCUUCCGAUGGGAGCUGUCUGUCAAAGGCUUCUAAAAAAGAUGAACUGUCAUUUAAGAUUAUGCUAGUCGGGCAGCUUCAUCUUCUUUCUUCAGCAGUGACUAUGCUUGCUGUUCCAUCUCCUUCACUAACCGCUACAUUGGCACGUGGGGGAAACUCUCCUGCUGUAGCAGUUCCAUUAGUUGCUUUGGGAACUCAAAGUGGUACCAUUGAUGUUAUAGACGUCUCCGUGAAUGCUGUUGCUGCUAGUUUCUAUGCCCAUAGCAGUGUUGUUAGGGGAUUGCGAUGGCUUGGUAAUUCUAGAUUGGUUUCAUUCUCGUUCACACAGGGAAAUGAAAAAACUGGGGGCUACAUCAAUAGGCUUGUUGUGACUUGUCUAAGGAGUGGACUCAACCGGUCAUUUCGAGUUUUACAGAAGCCAGAGAGAGCCCCUAUUAGAGCAUUAAGAUCUUCAUCUUCUGGGAGGUACCUUCUGAUCUUGUUUCGUGAUGCUCCAGUAGAAGUUUGGGCAAUGACAAAGAAUCCAAUUAUGCUGAGAUCUUUAGCUCUGCCUUUCACUGUACUAGAAUGGACUCUUCCCAUAAUUCCAGGUUCAUCAUCAAAAGAGUGUUUAACCAUGAUGUCAACGAAGACAUCUUCCACAGACACCUCUACGCCAAAUGCAUCUUAUAAUGAUCCUAGGACUGGAAUUGAUGGAUCACAGGAUGAGUUUUCUGAGAGCUUUGCUUUUGCGUUGGUAAAUGGGGCGCUUGGAGUUUUUGAGGUUCAUGGACGAAGAAUUCGAGACUUCAGGCCAAAGUGGCCUUCUUCCUCCUUUGUUACAUCUGAUGGACUGGUGACAGCUAUGGCCUAUCGUCUUCCUCAUGUGGUUAUGGGGGACAGGUCAGGGAAUAUACGAUGGUGGGAUGUAAAUACUGGCCAGUCAUCAUCAUUUAACACCCACAGAGAAGGGAUACGGAGAAUUAAGUUCACUCCAGUUGUUUCUGGAGAUUGUAGCAUGGGGUGCAUUGCAGUUCUAUUUACUGACAACACAUUUUCUAUAUUUGAUUUGGAUUCACCCGAUCCAUUAGCUAUUUCACUGUUACAACCUCAAUUUCCUGGAACUCUAGUUUUGGAGCUUGAUUGGUUACCUUUACGAAUAGAAAAAAGUGAUCCACUUGUAUUGUGCAUCGCUCGAGCUGAUGGUAGCUUUCACCUUGUUGAAGCUAACAUAAGUAAAAAAUUGGGACAUGGCAUCCAGACACAUACAUUUAAGGAGAAAUUCCGGCCAGUGCCUUUAUGCUCUCCCAUAUUGUUACCUACGUCACAUGCCCUUGCUUUACGUACAAUCUUACAGAUGGGUGUAAAGCCAUUGUGGUUCAAUAUUUAUACUACAACCAAAGGGCAUCGUGACACUCGUGGGACUCCCUCAUCAGCCAGUGAUCUUCGUCGUUAUAUGCUUGAUUCACCAUAUAUUGGUGACUCUGUGGUACCCGAAAUGCUCCUUAAAGUAUUAGAGCCUUACCGCGGGGAAGGCUGUAUAGUUGAUGAUGAAAGAGUAAGACUCUAUUCUGGGAUUGUCAAUAGAGGUUGUGCAUCGAGAUUUGCAUUUGCUGCUGCAGUUUUUGGUGAGCUAAUGGAAGCUAUUUUCUGGCUUCAAUUACCUCAAGCUCUUAAUUAUUGGAUGACCGAAUUGGUUAAAAAGUCUGUAGUGAAAGUUCCUCAAUCAGCAUCGACUUCAGAGGUUGAUGAUGCAUCUAUGUUGAAUAGAAUAUCUUCAAAGGGAAAAGUAGCUCCAGGUUCAGGGACACUGAGUAGCAAUCAACUUGGUUUGAUGGCCUUCAAACAAGAAGAGUUGUGGAAGCGUGCUAACGAGCGUAUCCCUUGGCAUGAGAAACUCGAAGGUGAAGAGGCUAUUCAAAACCGUGUACACGAACUUAUAUCUGUUGGCAAUUUAGAAGGAGCUGUUAGUUUGCUACUAUCAACACCUCCAGAGAGCUUUUAUUUCUAUGGAAAUGCAUUGCGCGCUGUUGCUCUUUCUUCUGCAGUUUCAACAUCUUUACUUGAGCUAGCAGUGAAGGUUGUGGCUGCAAAUAUGGUUAGGACAGAUAGAUCAUUAUCGGGCACACAUCUCCUUUGUGCUGUUGGGAGGUACCAAGAAGCAUGCUCUCAGCUACAAGAUGCUGGAUGCUGGACAGCUGCUGCAACAUUAGCUGCCACACAUUUAAAAGGAACUGAUUACGCACGGGUUUUGCAAAGGUGGGCCGAGAAUGUGUUACGCUCAGAACAUAACAUUUGGAGGGCAAUGAUCUUGUAUGUUGCAGCCGGGGCACUGCAAGAGGCACUGGCAGCACUGCGCGAGGCACAGCAGCCAGACACAGCCGCGAUGUUCGUUCUUGCUUGCAGGGAAAUACAUGCAGAGUUCCUUUCCAGCACAGAACUGGACGACGAAUCAAGGUCCUUGGUGAACGAUAAGCUCAUGAAUUUGGUGGGGGUACUGAACCCAGAGAAUGAAGAUGUUGUUGCAGUUGGUGAUUAUUAUGAGCAGUACCAAAGGCAAUUAGUCCAUAUGUGCAUGGACUCACACCCCUUUUACCACUAACAGAAACUACCUCACAAAAUGAAUCAUUGCUAUUAUA